CGAUUUCAAUCCGAGCCUGUGCCAUUGAAGCAGGAUCUGUGUUCGCAAUGCCCCGCAGACCUUGACAUCUCUGCUUGGAAUUUUGCCAUGGUCAUAUCUGAUACUGGGCUCUACUGGUGUCUGCCGAAGUUUCUGAGACAAUUCAUCCGCAAGCUGGCCUAGGCACUGCCGAUACGACAGAGGGACAUUCUGUUUGUGACAGAUGUCCCCAUCGGGUCCACAGUCUCUGGGCAUCUGCUCCCCGGUUUCGGGUGAUGCGCCUCUGGGUACGCUGUUCUUAUCAUGGCGUUGCUCUUAAGUAUGGGCCAUGCCCCCUUUCCUCCGCGAUCCUUUUUCUCGAGUUUCGCGUCUAAUAAUCCUGCCCCUACCAGCCAGCCCCUUUUGCUCUUACCCUCUCCUCUCUCUCCUCUCCCCUCCUUCUAGUAUAAUUAGUUGUCUUUCAAAGUCACGAACAUUCCACUCCCAACAUGCCGUCCAACGAGGGCCUUGUCUCGCUCGCGCGCGAGUUCCGCGUCUUAAUUGUCGGUGGCUCCUAUGGUGGGCUAGGCGCAGCCAUGACGCUGAUAGAUCUUUGUCGUGGCCGACUUGCUCGCUUCAACUUCACGCCCAAUGCGCAACCCCCUCAGCAUCGCAUACCCAUUCAGAUCACAUUGGUAGACGAAAGGGACGGCUACUACCAUCUAAUCGGCUCCCCUAAGGCACUCGCAUCUGAGAAAUAUGCCUCGAAAACCUGGAACAGAUUCGUCGACAUCCCUGCUCUAAAGACUCCAGAUAUCAAGUUCAUUCGGGGAAGCGUCCACUCCGUGGAUUGUCAGCGGAAGGUGGCUCAGAUCCUUGAUAGCCAGACGCGGCGAUCGAGGGAGGAGAAAUACGACUUUUUGAUCGCUGCGUCAGGGUUACGUCGGGUCUUUCCCACUGUACCGCAGUCUUUGGAGCGCGAUGAAUUCUUGGAGGAGACAAGGCAGAACGUCAAAGCUAUCCAAAACGCACAGGAGGGCGUUGUGGUGAUUGGCGGGGGUGCUGUUGGUGCUGAGAUGGCUGCCGAGUUGAAAGACCUCUAUCCCAGCCAGAAGGUCACUCUGAUUCAUUCCCGCGAUCGACUGCUCAAUGCUGAGCCUCUUCCCGAUUCCUUCAAAGACCGCAUCUGCGCUAUCCUCCGCGAACAGGGCGUUACUGUAACCCACGGGCAGCGAGUUGUCGACAUCACCGCCGUUGACACGAAUGAAGGCCGCCGGAUCUGGCAGCUUACUCUGUCAGACGGUACUCAAGUCAAGGCCGGCCAUGUUAUGAAUGCUGUUUCGAAGAGUGUUCCCACUUCCACUUAUCUCCCCAAAGCUGCAUUAGACGAAGACGGACUGGUGAAGAUCCGACCAACUCUGCAAUUCCCGAGUAACGCUCCCAACGCAGAUGAGCACUUCGCUGUGGGUGACAUUGUUUCAUGGUCGGGAAUCAAGCGCUGCGGCGCUGCCCUUCACAAGGGUCACCUCGCAGCGACCAACGUUCAUCAGCUCAUGCUGGCACAGGCUUUGAAUGCUAAGCCUGAGUUUGUGACCCUGAAGCCGCACCCACCCGUCAUGGCCAUUGCUCUGGGUAAGACCGCAGUGGCAUAUGACUCGGACGGUGGGCUGCAGGACGGUGAGAAGACCUAUGCUACCAUGUUCGGCAACGACAUGGGCUUCAGUAUUUGUUGGGACUACAUGAAGCUGUCUGAGCCAUGCGAGGCUUAGACUAUUUUUAGACUGUAUCUAUGUUUGACAAAGCUGGUAUUUGUCAGGCGCUUGACCGAACUACAAGUUAUCUAUUUAGAUCAUAUUUCCAAGAGAGUUAUGGGCCUCCUAGCUUCAGAUUAUCGUGGGGCACUGUUGAGCAUUUGAGCAUAGAUGAAGUAGCCAAGUCUUGGUACCCCUGCCCUCAUAGCAACCUGGUCUGCAAGGGAGGCUCUGGAAGCUUCUCAUUGUCCUUAGUUUAUACUCUGCAACCUAUUCUCACGGAUGGCUUUCGUGCUGCGCAGUAGAUUUGUUAGUUGCCUG